UUGUACACCGCAGAAGCGCAGGACUUUAAAUCUGACGAGAUUAAAUCACGGCCAGACCUGGAGCUUUACGGUUUAUAACGACGUGUGUUGUAAUUCACACUGACCUUUUUUUGCCUAUAGGAAUUUUCACACUAAAUUUGGGCACUAUCGACGAUGUCUGCCGUCCUGCUUUCCACCAUCGCCGGGGAAAGACUGACCCGAAGGAAAGCCGCUCCUCAGAGAAGCGCGGACAUUCUCCCGCUGCUGAAGCACACACAAACGUGCCGAAAUCUGUUCGGACCGGUGGAUCACGACGAGCUGAAGCGAGAAUUGUCUUCCAAACUUCGCGAAAUAUCUGAACGAGAUCAGCUGAGGUGGAACUUCAAUUUCGGCGAAGGGCAGCCGCUGGAUGGGGAUUUAAAAUGGGAGGAAAGUCGAGCGGAGGACUGUCCGGAGUUUUACAGAGAAAGCUCUGCCCUGUCAAAGAGGCCUUUGAUGGACUUUCCCACGACAGAAAAUAUCACACGAGUUCUCCCAAAAUCUGGGGGUCCUUCACUGAUAGUUUUGAACCAAAAGAACCAGCCAAACAAGUGUAAACGGAGAAAAUUAUCUCGCAAAACAGUCGCUCGCGCCCAGACGAAGAGACUCGCGGACACGCGCAUUACAGAUUUUUAUGGAAAGAGAAAGAAAAGGGACCGCGUCCGUAAGGAAAGCAGAAACAUGGAGUAAAACACGUCUUCUGAAGAAGAAGCAGUCACAGAGUGGUGGCGGGAAAACGCCGGAAGUAAUGACGUCUCACAGUCUGACUCACGUUCUUAAGUGAUAAUGUGAUUCUGUAAUAGUGUUUAUUCACUGCUGUUUGUGUGAUUUAACCGUAUAGGAGCAGCUCUGGUUGCUCUUUACAGUGUACAACUGAUAAGUAACUUUAAAUUAAAGUCAGGACAAGUAAACCUAUUUAUUGUUGUCUAAUAUAUAUAUAUAUCAGCAUGUGUAUAUUUUGUAAUGACCAAUGUUAUUUAUUCAUUGUUUUUUCACUUUUACAUGUCAAGUGUACUUUGUGGUCGAAAAUGUAGCUUCUUUUUUUUUUUUCUUCUUCAGCAAAAUCACAAUCCCGAGCCAUAUUUGUCAUUGUUGUAAAGAAGUUCCUUUAAUAAAUGUGUACAUAUAAACUUA